AUUCUAACAGAAACCCUAAAUCCCCAAAGUCGUGUUUACUUCAAAUUUUCUCGAGAAAAUGUCAGGUCGCGGAAAAGGUGGAAAGGGUUUGGGCAAGGGAGGUGCCAAGAGGCACAGGAAAGUGCUUCGCGAUAACAUUCAGGGAAUCACGAAACCUGCAAUUCGUAGAUUGGCGAGGCGAGGUGGCGUGAAGAGAAUCAGUGGGUUGAUCUACGAAGAGACAAGAGGAGUUCUGAAGAUUUUCUUGGAGAACGUGAUUCGAGAUGCGGUGACGUACACGGAGCACGCAAGGAGGAAAACGGUGACAGCCAUGGAUGUCGUUUAUGCUCUCAAGAGACAGGGAAGGACCCUCUAUGGAUUUGGAGGCUAAAGGAUCUCUCGUUUUGGGGGUUCCUUUGAAUGUUGAGGAUGUUUGUGUUUGUUUUAUAAAAUGAAGCAUGUUAGGUUCUAUUUUCCAUAGAAACAGAGUAUGUUUAAAUGGUGGACAUAAUAUCUCAAAACACUUGUAUUUGACACCAUUUAUGUGAUGUUUCAUGAGAAUGUUUUGAAUGAAAACAUUGUAGUGAUCGGCUUAUAAAUCAGUUCUUGUAACCUUGAUUCAAAAAGGCAAGAAAAAACGUAUAUGUAUAAUGCCCU